AUGACUGAUUUUAAUAAAGUAUUUAAUAUUUAUUCAAGUGAACCAACUCCUGAUCAACAAGAAGAUAAUGCAACAUUUGAGGAAGUAAAACGAGUCAAUGCGAGUAUUAAUCAAGAUUUUUCCAAAGAUUUUGUGAGAAUUACAAUAAAAAUUCCCACAAUGAAAACCGGUAUUAAUUGGCGUAGAUUUGCACGAGAAGCAAAAAAUGGUGUAACUACAGAAGCAACUUAUCAUGGAAAUCGACUUAAUUUCGAAUUUAUUCUCAAUCGAGGCAAAUCAAAUGAAACAAAAUAUCAAUUCUCAACUCGAGAAGCACUUCAUGGACCUGUUGAAUACAAUAAAAGUUAUUUAAAAUAUAAAGAUGAUUAUGUCAUUUGGUUUGUUCAUAAAGCUCAACCUUGGUAA